UGCGAGAUGCUUGUUUUCUGGGACAACAACCAUCAACAAGGCAGCACAGCGCAUUGUAACUCAAAAUUCCCGAGAGCUUGGCCUUUACCCACAGCUCACUCAUAAACAGCCGCAACCUAGGCAGACUCAGCUGUCGCCUUGGGUUGUUACCAGAACCUCUCUCCACUGAUCUUUGGAGAUCUCGACGCAAAAGUCUGUGCCAAACCAACCGCUUGGACAUCAUCGUUCGUCCCAGCCAUCCACCAUCUUCGGCAGCAUCCUGAAGAAGCUACGAUCUUAGCUUCUCGGACAGCGGUGGACUGGUUGUUUUGAUUUUGGCUUUCUUUCAACGACAUAGCGCCGUAGUCUAAUUCAGCGCAAUCUAUCUACCUGUUCCAAAAAGUCUCGCGACCAUAAUUCCAGUUCGGUCAAGUUGAGCAAAAGACAAGACUUCAGCAUCUGCAGCCAAUGGGAGCAACCUGACCUCUGGGGCUACGUACGCGCAACUCAACAAGUCAGACACAAUGGCGCGGCGUCGCCGGCCCCCGCGCGCCGGCGCGCUGACGGAGCUCCCACCGCUCAAGAUCAUCUCCCAGAUGGCGAUCCUGCAGGUCGCCUACUACGCCGCUGCCCUGAUCCUCAUGGUGUUCACGGCGCUCGUCUACGGCAAAAAGUUCUCGAUGGAGUGGUUGUUUGGGUGGGAGCCCGUGCGAGGGGACACAACAAUGGGGUGGCUGAUGGCUUUCACAUGGCUGGUUGACGGGGCGUUGGUUGUUUCGCUCGGCCUGACGCUCGUCGUCGCCCGCUCCAAGCUCGUCCCGGACUUUGCCAUUUCCCUACACGUCAUCCACCUCAUCAUAACGACGUUCUACACGGGGCAGGUGCCGCGCAGUCCUUUUUGGUGGCUCACCAUGGCGGUAUCGAGCGCGGCGGCCGUGGGGUUGGGCAUGUGGGGUUGUCAGUACCGCGAGCUGAGGCCCAUGUUCUUUGGGGGAGGACGGUCGUCGGCCAAUGCAUCCGGUGGCGGGAACGGCGAGGGAAGCAGCAGUGUGGGACAUGGUACGGAUGGUCGCGAGGAUGAUGAGGAGGGAUUCUCCAGGGGUAGAGGUCGCGGGAGAGGCCGGGACAGUAGAGGUGAGUACGAAAUGAUGAAGAUGAAUGGGAAUACGGACUAAGGCUUGGGUGGAUUGGCGGCUGUAGAGCUGCAUAUAUAUAUAUAUAUAUACUUUAAUAGAGGAGUAUUAUCGACAUACGAAAGCAUGAGCAAGACGCA